UCUAUCUAUGUUCAGAAUGGUCCCUGGCUCCGAGUCGCAGACAGCGACUCUGCAGCAUGUUUUUUAUGGAAUAAGAACCGUUACGUAGUCAGUAACUUCUUGCAGCUUCGAGACGAAAACAGUUAAGUUGCUCGGACAAGGCACCCGACUUGUUGAACUGCAAUAUGGCGCAAAGAUACCCUCAUUUACACCGCGGGUCGGUCGAUCCUUGUAUAAAAGCCUGAAGACCAAGGUCUCUAUUCUUCAUCAGCAUAACAUGUCUGCCCCAGAAAUCACCUCUGUUGCCACCCGCUCCAACCAGGGCACCGUCGCUCCCAAGGAAGCUUUGAAGCUCCGUCUUGAUCUCAACCUCGAGGUCGAGAUCGCCAUCCAGGCCAAGGUCAACGGCGACAUUACCCUCUCCCUCCUGACCGGAGAGAGCGUAAUAGACUUUGGUUGUGUUCGGGACAUCACCAUGUCGAUUACCUUCUUCCCUUUUUUCACUUCUCCCUUUCACCGACAUAGCAUUAGUUAG